UCAAAAAGAGAGCGGUCAUUUUUCACUUUUGCGCGCGUAGCAUAAAUUCAAAGAUGGCAGGGGAUGAUACUGUUGAUGAAGCUAUGGAAAUUGAGAUUUUGCCAUCUACAAGUAAUAGUGAUAUGAAAAUUAAAGAAAAAGAUAGUAAAUCUCAAAAUUUACCAUGGAUCGAAAAAUAUCGGCCACAAGUAUUUUCAGACAUUGUUGGCAAUGAAGACACUGUAUCUAGACUAGCUGUUUUUGCUCAACAUGGAAAUACUCCGAAUAUUAUUAUUGCUGGACCACCUGGAGUUGGCAAAACUACUACAAUUUUGUGUUUAGCACGUAUUUUAUUGGGACCAGCAUUUAAAGAAGCUGUACUUGAAUUAAAUGCUUCAAAUGAGAGAGGAAUAGAUGUAGUUAGAAAUAAAAUCAAAAUGUUUGCACAAAAGAAGGUAAAUCUUCCUAAAGGGAAGCAUAAAAUCAUUAUUUUGGAUGAAGCUGAUAGUAUGACUGAUGGUGCACAGCAAGCAUUGCGUCGUACAAUGGAAAUUUAUAGCCAUACAACUAGAUUUGCUCUUGCAUGUAAUAACACAGAAGAGAUUAUUGAACCUAUACAAUCACGAUGUGCUAUGUUAAGAUAUGGAAAGUUAACAGAUGCCCAAAUCUUAGCAAAAGUUCUCGAAGUCUGCGAAAAAGAAAAACUUUCGUAUACAGAUGAUGGUAUGGAAGCAAUAGUGUUUACUGCCCAAGGAGACAUGAGACAAGCCUUGAAUAAUCUGCAAUCUACAUAUAAUGGAUUUAAUCAUGUUAAUGGUGAAAAUGUAUUUAAAGUUUGCGACGAACCUCAUCCUUUAAUCGUCAAAGAGAUGCUGGAUGAUUGCAUAAAGGGAGACGUUUCUAAAGCAUGCACGGUAAUGGAUCAUUUCUGGAAAAUGGGAUAUUCUGCGGAAGAUAUAGUUAGUAACAUAUUCAAAGUUUGUAAAAAUCAUGCUAUGGAUGAAAAAUUGAAGUUGAUAUUUGUUAAGGAAAUUGGAAUAACACAUAUGGGAAUAGUGGAAGGUAUCAAUAGUUUGUUACAGUUACAUGCCCUUGUGGCAAAACUUUGCCGUUUGUCAAAAUAAUUGAUUACAUUCUAUUUUUUAAUAAACAUUUUUAUAUUUUUAUCAUAUGUGCC